AUGGCCAAGCAAAACGCGCAAUUCGAAAAGCUAGUGGAAGCUCCAUUGGAGUUUGUGAAGGAUGGGAACCAGUUCUUGCAAAAGUGCAAGAAGCCUACGAAGAAGGAGUACUUGAAGAUUGUGCAAGCAGUUGGGAUUGGUUUUGUUGCCGUUGGUGUGAUUGGGUAUGCGAUCAAGUUGAUCCACAUUCCAAUCAGAUACUUGAUUGUGUGA